AAAAAUGGAACUGCCAACUCCUUCCCGUGCCGCCCAUCCCACCUUCCACCAGCCACCUACCCCCCCUUACGCAGUACAUGCAGAGAGGAUCCCCCUCCUCUGUAACACGCACGAGGCCAAUCCAGUUGCAGGUCAUGGAGAAGUAGCAGACCGAAUAGCGAACUUUCUUUUUCCUUCUCCAAAACCCUCAACGCCUGCUCCUCAGUAGCGACCUCUUCGCAUGUGAACAAGUGACCACAGCUGGUCUGACUGUCUUGACAGUGCCGGCGCCCUGAACUUGCCAUAAUGGCAUGGACUCUACUUCGCCCGUCCCUGGCUCAUCAUGCCUCGUCUUCCCGUCCGGCCGAGCGGCUUUCCCGCCGGUCGUUAGCCCUCCUUCUCGGUAACACUUGUGUUCCUCCCGGGCCUGUCGUAAGCUCCUCGCGCACGUGGCAUAGCACCCUCGGGCACCAGAAGCAAUCACACACGGCGACUUCGUCCCCCCUCACCCCUACGCCCCCCAAGACCCAAUCGCUGCAGCUCGUCCGCCAUGCGUCUGUACUGUCCACCAUCCCGCCCCAGCCAGCUGGCCGGCCGGCCUCGGCGACGUAUUCAACCGUUGCCGUCCCGCCCACGACGCCAUACGUGAACCUGACCGUGGGCGCCCCCCGCGAGACCUACCCCGAUGAACGGCGUGUGUCCCUGACACCCCAGAACGUCGCUCUGCUGCUCAAGAAGGGCUACUCUCGCGUGUUGGUGGAGCGCGGCGCCGGUGCCCUGGCUGAUUUUCCCGAUGAGGGGUACGAGAAAGCCGGCGCAACGUUGGUGGACUCUGCCAGCAGCAUCUGGGCCGAGUCGGACAUCGUCCUCAAGGUGCGCGGUCCCAGCGCCACAGAAGUGGACGCCGCAAAGGAGGGGCAGACCAUCAUCAGUUUCCUGCAGCCGGCGCAGAACCGUCCCCUGGUCGAGAAGCUCGCCGGAAGGAAGGUGACUUCGUUCGCAAUGGAUAUGGUUCCCAGAAUCUCGAGGGCCCAAGUCUUCGACGCUCUGAGCAGCAUGGCCAACAUUGCUGGCUACAAGGCCGUCCUGGAGGCGUCCAAUACCUUUGGCCGUUUCUUCACCGGCCAGGUUACCGCUGCCGGAAAGAUCCCCCCUUGUAAGGUCUUGGUUAUCGGCGCUGGUGUCGCCGGCUUGAGCGCCAUUGCCACAGCUAGAAGGCUUGGCGCCAUUGUCAGGGGCUUUGACACUCGCCCCGCUGCCAGGGAGCAGGUCCAGUCUCUCGGCGCAGAGUUUAUCGAAGUUGACUUGAAAGAAGACGGCUCAGGGGUCGGCGGGUAUGCCAAGGAGAUGUCCAAGGAAUUCAUCGAAGCCGAAAUGAAGCUCUUCACUGAGCAAGCCCGCGACGUCGACAUCAUUGUCACCACCGCCCUGAUCCCCGGAAAGCCGGCCCCGAAACUCAUAACCAAAUCCAUGAUCGAGAUCAUGAAGCCAGGCUCCGUCAUUGUUGAUCUUGCUGCUGAAGCCGGAGGCAAUUGCGAGAAAACCGAGCCAGGGAAGAUGAUCACGUACAAAGAUGUCAAAAUCAUUGGCUAUACCGACCUUCCAUCGAGGCUUCCCACGCAGUCUUCGACGCUCUACUCGAACAAUAUCACCAAAUUCUUGCUCUCCUUGACGCCAAAGGACAAGGAAUUCGGCGUCGACCUGACUGACGAGGUUGUCCGAGGCUCAAUUGUGACUCUCAAUGGCAAUAUCCUCCCACCUGCCCCCCGUCCCGCACCCCCGCCAGCCCCGGCUGCCGCUACUCCGACUGCGAAGGAGGCAGAGGUCGCCCUGACUCCGUUCCAAAAGACAUCCCGUGAAGUCGCGCUUGUGACUGGAGGUAUGGGAACCGCUCUGAUUCUAGGCAAAAUGACCGGACCCCUCUUCAUGGGCAACGCUUUUACCUUCACACUUGCAUCCCUUAUUGGAUAUCGUGUCGUCUGGGGUGUCCAGCCGGCCCUACACUCGCCCCUGAUGAGUGUCACCAACGCCAUCUCGGGAAUGGUCGGUGUCGGCGGCCUCUUCAUCCUAGGCGGCGGAUAUCUGCCAGGGACUAUCCCACAGCUCUUUGGUGCGGCCUCGGUCCUGCUGGCCUUUGUCAACAUUACUGGCGGAUUCGUCAUCACCAAGCGGAUGCUGGAUAUGUUCAGGCGACCCACCGAUCCUCCCGAGUACCCCUGGCUCUACGGGGUUCCCGCUGUUCUCUUUGGCGGAGGCUUCCUCGCCUCCGCGUCGGGCGAUGCGGCAGGCCUUGUGCAAGCCGGUUACCUUGUCAGUUCGGUGCUCUGUAUCAGUUCUAUCUCUAGUUUGGCCUCCCAAGCCACUGCUCGCAUGGGCAACACGUUGGGCAUGCUUGGCGUUAGCUCGGGCGUCAUGGCGUCCUUGCUGGCCGUCGGGUUCUCUCCCGAAGUGACGGUACAAUUUGGUGGACUGGCUGCUCUAGGCAGUUUGGCUGGUUUCUUGAUUGGAAAGCGGAUCACCCCCACGGACCUGCCGCAGACCGUCGCUGCUCUGCACUCUGUCGUCGGUCUGGCUGCGGUUUUGACCAGUAUCGGCAGUGUGAUGGCCGACCUCCCCGACGUGUCGACCCUGCAUCUUGUUACUGCCUAUCUCGGCGUACUCAUCGGUGGUAUUACAUUCACUGGUUCCAUUGUGGCCUUCCUCAAGCUUGCUGGGAGGAUGUCAUCGAAGCCUCUCAUGCUCCCGGGUCGCCACCUCCUGAACUCGGGGCUUCUGGCCACAAACGUGGCUACCAUGGGAGCCUUCGUGACCUUGGCACCCUCCUCACCUAUGAUUGCUGCUGGCGCACUCGCUGCUAACGCGUUCCUCUCGUUUGUCAAGGGCUAUACCACAACUGCCGCGAUUGGUGGUGCUGAUAUGCCGGUUGUCAUCACGGUCUUAAACGCCUAUAGCGGGUUUGCGUUGGUGGCUGAAGGCCUCAUGCUCGACAAUCCACUGCUCACGACCGUCGGAGCCCUCAUCGGCGUGUCGGGUUCCAUCCUGUCGUACAUCAUGUGUGUCGCGAUGAACCGCUCCCUGGUCAACGUCCUCUUCGGCGGUAUAGCUGGCCCAGUAACGUCGGACUACAAGAUAGAAGGCAGCGUGACACAGACUACGGUGGACGAAACGGCUGAAGCGCUCACCAACGCCGAAUCUGUCAUCAUCGUUGUUGGCUACGGCAUGGCGGUUGCCAAAGCGCAGUAUGCCAUCUCUGAGAUCACGCAGAUGCUGCGUUCCAAGGGGGUCAAGGUCCGCUUCGCGAUCCACCCCGUCGCCGGCCGCAUGCCCGGCCAAUGCAACGUACUGUUGGCCGAGGCUAGUGUGCCCUACGAUAUCGUCCUGGAGAUGGACGAGAUCAACGACGACUUCGGCGACACAGAUGUCACACUGGUCAUUGGCGCAAACGAUACCGUCAAUCCGAUCGCCCUGGAACCCGGCAGCGCCAUCGCCGGUAUGCCGGUUCUCCAUGCUUGGAAGAGCAAACAGGUGAUCGUGAUGAAGCGAGGCUUGGCCAGCGGCUACGCCGACGUGCCUAAUCCCAUGUUCUACAUGCCUGGAACGAGGAUGCUCUUUGGAGAUGCCAAGGUGACGACUGAAGCAAUCAAAGCCUCGAUCGAGUCUAGAGUCUAGAACUAGAGGUGUCUCCGGCGGAUACAUAAAGCUGUGUCUAGUACAUAUAUGUUCGAUCUGGCUUCCGGCAUUCCAUCCAGCUUAUCUAGACGGCAGAACAUUGUUGCAUGCAUUUGCUGGCGGAUUCUCCUUUUCUGGCCCCCUUGUUCUUCUAGAUACGACCGGCCACCUCACGGGCCUCGCAUCCCUAACUUUUUCUUAUAUGUUCAUUGUCUAGAGUAUUUCUAGUACACUGCAUUUAUGUCUCGUUAUAUCGAUUUCUGUUGGCCCUGAUAUCUUGAUGCGAAAGGAAGACGAAGGAUGGACCGAUCGCGUUUGGUUGAAGUUGCUGUGUUCUGUGUUUUUCUGUUUAAACCCACCGACCUGCGCAGUAUGUCUAUAGCUCAAUACAUACCUAUCUUCGGCAAGAACGCCGGAAGAGUCUACCAACUCGACGGCAUUCCUGCAUGUUCGCACAGCAAAUUA